AUGACCCUUUCUCCUAAGGUCGGCCAGCGCACUACGGAUCCUUCGAAUGGAGGUCGACGUACUGGGAGAGUUUCCGGUGGCGCAUUUGCGGGCAUGAAUCGAACAUCAGUAAACGAAAGUAAUCUCCAUCGCCAACAGGGAGACGAUGUCCAGCCUAGACGGCAUGGUCAACGCUCGUCAAAUGGUAGAGCACGAUCUCAAACGGAGAGAGAUCCUUACCACGCUCUAAAAAUGCAGAAAGCAUUAAGCGCAGUGCCGUACACACAACGAUCGUCUGUGAAAGCUGCAAUUCAGAGGACGGAGGAUUUCGAAGACUUUCCGCUACUGCCCGUAGUACAAGAGUCGAUUGCUUCACAAGCUCUGUCCGGAAUGACAGACAUAGCACCAACGCCGAUCCAAAGCCUUGCAAUACCAGCUCUGUCGCGUGAUCGGCGAAAGAUGAAAAGGGAUCCCGCCCAUGAACCUGAUCCGAGUGGCAUGGACCAGUUUCUCCUCGCAGCAGAAACAGGCUCCGGCAAAACACUAGCAUACCUUCUACCAGUUCUUGACGCCAUCAAGCGGGCCGAGAUGGCAGAUGUAGAGCAAGAGACAGCGACGAGUAAACUUCGAAACACCGCAAGGAAGGAUGCCAAUUCUGGCGACGUUGAGCCUCCGAGCAUUGUCCCGCACUCCACGACGGGCAGGCCCCGUGCCAUCAUUUUACUACCGACAUCUGAGCUAGUCACGCAAGUUGGCAACGUCGUGAAGUUGCUCUCCCACAAAAUCAAGUUCCGCUCUGCUCUGAUCUCUUCAGCUUACACGCCUAAAGUCAUUCGUAAUCGUCUAUUUUCCCAAUCUGGUAUCGAUGUUCUCGUAUCCACGCCUCAUCUGCUAGCUAGCAUAUCCGUGUCAGAUCCUAAUGUCCUUAGUCGUGUAACUCACCUAGUGGUGGACGAAGCGGACUCGCUCCUAGACCGCUCCUUUGCUCCGUCCACGUCAACCGUUCUGGAUAAGACCACUCCUUCUCUCAAACAGCUCAUUCUCUGCUCAGCAACGAUUCCACGAAGUCUAGAUUCGUAUCUUCAUAAAAGAUUCCCGCAGAUGCGCCGCCUGGUGACGCCCAAUCUGCAUGCGAUUCCCCGCCGUGUCCAACUUGGUGUAGUAGACGUCGACAAGCAGCCGUACCAAGGCAAUAAGCUUCUUGCGUGUGCCGACACCAUCUGGUCCAUUGGAAAAGCCGCGAAUGAGGGCAGUCUCAUAGGCAACACUGAAGGGAAGAUUACUCGACUCUUAGUGUUCGUCAACGAACGCGAGAGGACAGAGGAGGUCGCUCAGUAUCUCAAUUCUAAAGGCAUUGACUCCGUUGCUCUCACUCGAGAUACGCCGGAGUCAAGACAGUCAGAGGUGCUCGCUGAAUUCACCUCCCGAACUCCGGAUAAUGUUGCUACUCGUCCUUCUUCACGGACGCUUCUCUCAACUUCAACUAUGCCUGCAAAACGCACAAGUCCUCCGCCUAAGCGCCAUCUCGCCAACACACAGGUCCUUGUCUCUACUGACUUGGGCUCAAGAGGCAUUGAUACUCUAGCUGUUCGGCAUGUCAUCUUGUUUGAUGUUCCUCAUUCGACUGUAGACUUUAUUCACCGUCUUGGACGAACUGGCCGUAUGGGUAGACGUGGCAGAGGUAUUGUGCUUGUGGGCAAGCAUGAUCGGAAAGAUGUGGUCAAAGAAGUUAGAGAGGGCAUGUAUAAAGGACAAGCUUUGAUAUAA